AUGGUAAAACGGCGGGCGGGCGGGCGGGCACGCGGGCACCGUACGAUGCCGGUCAACUGCAGUUGUGUAAUACCUCGCGCAGGACGCAGGACAGACAUUCCGCUGCAUCUGCAAGCACGCAAUGGCCAAGUCCCCUCGUCCCAGGCAGGACGGGAUGCUCCCCUCGGCACCACAGCAACGAAUCACUUACUAGCCUGUCCAAGACGUGCCCAUCCGACGACCACUGCGCGCUCGAUCUGGCGGGCCCUCGAUGACGGGGCAUCUCGACUGGCCCGUGGCGCCUGGGCGAUGCCCGGGAAUCUCUCCCAUCGGUGGGAGGGAACCUACUGGCAGCUCCACGGCAUCAGCCCGCGCCUCGGCUGGCAGCUGAGCCACCGGCAACCCGCGCCGCGCCCACCCAUGGAGGCGUUGCGUCACUGUGGAGCGCUGGGUUUAUGCUGGUUCAGCAGGAGCAGCGACACAGCAGCAACGUCCCAUCACACCCCAAAGGGAAUCCCUCCCGCUCGGGUCAAGCAUGGCUGUAGGAAAGGUUCCCACGUACCGACCGAGGGAGUCUUCAGCUGGGCCCGGGUCCGUGGCAUGAUGACGACGCAAGGACAGGACAGGACAGGACAGUGUCUGGGCGAGGGCGAGGGCGAGUGGAUUGGGUGUCCACCCGAGAUCCAGGCCCCGGUCCGUACGUACGGUAUGCUUCAGCUCGCAGCUCGCCGUCGCGCAAAAGGUCCCGGCAAGGCAGCAGAUAAUCACACGUCCGACAUAGUAAUCCCCAAUCCUCCGAGAAACAGAACCGCCCCCCUUCUCCCUGCAGCGUUUUGUCCCAAUCGGGAAACAAACGACGAGAAGGAAGGAAAGGAGGAAGAAAGAAAAACACACACAGCUCCCGUCCGUCUAAGCAUAAGCCGCGCCCCAGCGCGCCGUACUGCCGGAUGUGCGUCGUCGGCCGCGCGCCGCUGCAUGGCUCCCCCCCUCCCCCUCCGACGACGCUUAUGCAGGCCGUUGCGCCUCCAGCAACAACCAAAAAAAAACAACCCGGUACGUAACCCGGCAGGGCUGCUGGGCUGA